AUGAACGACGUUUUACGUGACUCGCCCUUUGGGCAGAUAGUCCGCUUUCUGAGCAAGAAUAAAUACUUCCAGUAUGCUGAAGAACGAGAUGGAUUUCAAAAUCCCUAUUACGGUUCGAAAACUUUGCAGAAAGAAAGCCAUAGUGAAGCGCAGAGAGUAGAAAGUCGUCCCAUUAAGCCAACAACUACGAGUGAUGGGACAAUAUUGGUUGAUUGGUAUACCACUGAUGAUCCUGAAAAUCCACAAAACUGGAGUGCGCUUCGAAAGGGCUUUGUGGCUUUCCAAAUAUGUAUUUAUUCCUUUGCUGUGUACUUUGGUUCUUCUAUCUAUAUCGGUGCAGUGCCCGAGGUAGUGGAAAGAUACGGUAUCAGCAUCGAGGUUUCUUCUUUAGCUCUCGCUUUAUACGUUUUUGGAUAUGGCUUUGGUGCUAUGAUAUUCUCUCCAUUAAGCGAGAUUGCCGCAAUAGGCAGGAAUCCCCCGUACAUAAUAACGCUCUUCAUAUAUACAAUACUAUGGGUACCAGCAUCUCUUGUGGAUAAUUUCGCUGGAUUUGUCGUUCUGCGAUUUUUGACAGGCUUUUUCGGUGCUCCAUGCCUUGCAACUGGAGGUGCUUCAUUUGCCGAUAUCUAUCCGCUUCUUCAUGUACCUUACUUGUUGGUAAUUUGGGGUGGAGCCACUGUUUUUGGCCCUGCUCUCGCGCCUGUAAUCUCAAAUUUCAGUGCCCCUGCCCAAGGAUGGCAUUGGGUAUCGUGGGAGAUGCUGUGGCUCAGUGCUCCUAUCCUUCUUAGCUUUUUCUUUUUCCUACCCGAAACCUCAUCAACUACGAUACUUUAUUACAGAGCACGACGAUUAAGGAAACUGACUGGCAAUGAUCAAUACCGCUCACAAGUAGAAAUUGACCAAACAAAACGACGGAUGACGAUGAAAGACAUUUUAUACAAUGCAAUUAUCAAGCCGGUCGAGAUUAACGUUCUUGAUCCUUCGGUACUCUUCUCUACUGUUUAUACCAGCCUUGUCUACGCCAUUUUCUAUUCUUUCUUCGAAGCUUUUCCUCUUGUUUUUUCAGGCGUUUAUAACUUCAAAUUCACGCUCUCUGGGCUCCCCUUUUUAGGAGUCUUUCCGGGGCUGUUUGUGGCUGCUACCCUAUGCGUGGUUUCGUGGCACUUCCAAGUGGUUAAGCCUUUUAGAACCGAAGGGUUUAAAGCAUUUGGGAUUCCAGAAAAUCGCUUGGUUCCGGCGCUAUUUGCAUGUUUUUGGCUUCCCGUCGGCCUAUUUCUCUUCGCAUGGACAUCUCGUCCCAGCGUCCACUGGAUGGCUCCCAUUAUAGGGCUAUCACUAUCUAUUGUUGGUACAUUCACAAUCAUUGUCUGCAUGCUACAAUAUGUGGCUUUCACAUAUCCGAAAUAUUCAGCCUCUUUAUUCGCUGCGAAUGACUUUGCUCGUUCGACCCUGGCGGCGGGUGCGAUUAUGUUCUCCCGGCCAAUGUUUCUAAAUCUGGGAAUACACUGGGGAGUAUCUUUACUCGCAUUCUUGGACAUUGUGUGCUGCAUUUUGUUGUUUGGGCUUUGGAAAUUUGGGCCAAGCUUGCGCGCUCGUAGCCGCUUUGCUGAGGCCUAA